AUGAACGCAAGCCAAGGUUUUACCAGAGAGAGCCCAGAAGCCGCUCCUCCCGCCCACUGUCGUCCAGACCGCUCGGCGGCUGUAGCCACCUCGCUGGGCCGCCCGGGCCACCGCGGGAACCAGGCCCGAGGAGUUAGCCGGUCCCCACCCAAAAAGAAAAACAAGUCCCCAGGGAGAAGAAGCAAGUCUGCUCAGAGUAAGAGGAACCGAAGUCCUCACCACUCAACAGUCAGAGUGAAGCAGGAGCGUAAGGAUCAUCCCCAGGGAGGACGGGAGGAUUGGCAGCACAGGGAACCGUGGGAACGGGAACACAGGAGAGCUAGGAACAGUGACUGGGACAGACACCGGGGCCAUUCCCACCGAAGGAGAACGUCUAACGGGAGGCCUGGGAGUGGGCAGGGUCAGGGACGGGAUCAAGACACUCAGAACCUGCAGGCUCAGGAAGACAAGCGGGAGUUUUGUAAUGCCAGGCGGGAGCAUCGCCAGAGGAGUGACGCUGGUGGCGUUGGCAGUGAGUCUCAGGAGUUGUUUCCUCCACCUGGUGGCAACAACAAAGAAAAAGAGGUGCCUGUUAAAGAAAAACCAAGCUUUGAACUUUCUGGGGCGCUUCUUGAGGACACCAACACUUUCUGGGGUGUAGUCAUUAAAUAUAGUGAGCCCCCAAAAGCAGGUGUCCCCAGAAAAUGGUGGUGUCUCUACCCGUUUAAAAAUGAUGAAGUGCUGCCAGUCAUGUACAUACAUCGACAGAGUGCAUACCUACUGGGUGGACACUGCCGCAUUGCAGACAUUCCGAUCGAUCGCCCGUCUUGUUCAAAGCAGCAUGUGGUCUUUCAAUAUCGGCUGGUGGAAUAUACCCCUGCUGAUGGCACGGUGGGCCGAAGAGUGAAGCCCUACAUCAGUGACCUUGGCUCAGGCAAUGGAACCUUCUUAAGCAACAAACGUAUUGAGCCACAGAGAUACUAUGAACUAAAAGAAAAGGAUGUACUCAAAUUUGGGUUCAGUAGCAGAGAAUAUGUCUUGCUCCAUGAGAUGUCAGAUACUUCUGAAAUAGGCAGGAAAGACAACGAGGAUGAGGAGGAGGAGGAAGAAGUGUCUGACAGCUAGCAAACUAAGAACACAAACUGAGACAGGUUUUCCUUCUUGGAAGGCUUUGACUGACUCAG